AUGAGAAGGCCUGUUUUCAAGUUGGGGAUGAUGUUUGGCACAGUUCAGAUUUUGAGAAAUGCUCUUAGGGAGAUGGCUGUACAAGGUGGCUGGGAGUAUAUUUUUUUAAAGAAUGACAAAGUAAGACUAAGGGUCAUAUGCAAGGAGGAAAAUUGCCCUUUCGAGUUGUUUGCUUCAAAAAUGCAGCAUGAGGAUACUUUGAUAAUCAAAGGUUACAAUCCAGUCCACAAUUGCACAAGGAAGUAUAACAACCAGAUGGUGAAACAGAGAUUCUUAGUAGCAAAGUUCAAGGACCAGAUUGCUCUUAAUGAACAUUGGAAACCAGAUUCACUAGCUAGAACAAUGUCUACCAGUAUUAGAGCAAAGGUUUCAAGCCAAAUGGCUUAUAAGGUUAAAAGGGCAGCCUUGCUAGAAGUUGACGGCUCUAUAAAGUAUCAGUUUUCAAGGUUAAGGGACUAUGGAAAUGAGCUGAAAAGGGUUGAUCCAGAUACUACAGUCGAUAUUAAGUGUGAUUUCAACACUACUUCUAAGAAUCCCGUCUUCAAAAGAAUGUACAUUUGCUUGGGAGCCCUCAAGAAUGGAAUCAAGGCUGGAUGUAGAAGUGUGAUUGGCUUGGAUGGUGCACACUUGAAAAGUGCUUUUGGGGGACAGCUUUUGACAGCAGUGGGGUUGGAUGCCAAUAACACAAGCUGGGUGAUUGCAUAUGCAAUGGUUGAGAUGGAGAAUAAGGACUCAUGGAUUUGGUUUUUGCAACUAUUAUGCAAGGACUUGGAGAUCGAGGAAGAUGGAGCUCGGUGGGUUUUAUUAGUGACAAGCAGAAAGGGCUCAAAUUGGCAUUUGAGGAGGUGGUCCCAAGUGCACAUAUCAGGUUCUGUGUAA